UUGACUACUCAGACGUUGGUUGAAGGAAGGCGUUGCUGAAGCGAAUUAGUGAGGAAAGGGAAAAUGGCGGACCUCGAAGACGUUACACUGGACGGGAGGCCGCUACAAUCUCUACGGGUGGCGGAUUUGAAAGCUGCUUUGGAGGAGCGGGGGCUUCCCAAAAGCGGACAGAAAAAUGCUCUCAUUAAGAGGCUCAAAGGGGCUCUCAUGCUGGAGAACCUCCAGAGAACCUCACACCAUCACAUAGGACUGCAGCCAAACUCCCAGAUUGGUGAAGAGAUGAGCCAGAAUAGCUUCAUUAAGCAGUAUCUGGCCAAACAGCAGGAACUCUUGAGGCAGCGUCUUGAGAAAGAGGCCCGGGAAGCAGUCGAAGAUGAUGAUACAGACCAAGAGGACCACUCACAGGGCAAUAACAGCUCUGCCUGUGCUGCCCCAGACCAGGAUGAUGUACCCGUGUUGGUUGACCAGCACAAGCCACUUGGCCCCUCCGAGGGAGAGGGACUAGCAGGCCCCGCAAGCGAGGGAGAGGGACACAGGGCCAAAGACGGCCAUGUGUCUGGUCCACCUGCCUCUACCUUGCCUACCUCUGCCCCUGCUGCCGUUGCCUCUCUGUCUGUGUGUGUAGCUGAUGGUGAGCAGCGCCCGGAGAGAGUCCCAACCUCUAGCCAAGUCCCAGCAGAUAGCGAUGAUGACAGCGACGGAGGUGACGAGGAUGGCGAGGAUGAGGACUGGGAUAGCGGUGCCAGGAGGAGGAAUCUAGGAGAGCCACCAAGAGGCCAGCUAGCAAGAGAGAGGUCUGAAGGAUCCCGCCAACCCCCACAGCACAUCCCCCCCCUGUUGUCUCCGCAGCUUCGACAGCCUACCCCUCCUCCCUCCCCUCCCCCAGAGUUAUCAUUCCCACUGCCUGAUACCCCUAAACAAAGCCCCCCUAGUCCAGGUGAGCUCCCGGCUAGGCAGCGUACUUCCAGUACCUCCAGCUCUGGCUCCUCUAGCAGUGGCAGUCGUAGUAGCAGUCCAGAACCACAAAGCAACGCAGAGCGCAAGCCUGGCCCACUGACCCUGCUGGCACGCAAGAUGGCAUCAGAAGGCGCUUUCUCUGGAGUUGGGUGGCAUGAACGUGGGGAGGCAGAAAGGCAGGACAACAAUGCUGCAACUGCAACAAUAUUUCCUGGUAGAGGUCCUCAAGAGGGCACAGUGUCUGCCAUCACCCACACAGCCAAUGCUGCAGCCAGUUUGCCCUUCCCCAGUCUGAUUCCAGUUACCAACCAGGGUGUCCUUGGAGGCCAUCUAUCCCACAGUCAAGUUCCUGUGAGUGUGCUUAGGCCCACUAUAAUGGAAGAGAGAGAUUCUGCAUGGCAACAAGAAAACAAGGAAAGGGAGCUGCAGGCAGAGAGCGAAAGAGAUAAGGCCCUUGAGCAAGAGAGACUUAGAGCCGUGGAGCUGGAAAGACAGGGAAUAUUUGAGCAACAGCGUGCCAUGGAGCAAGAGAGGGAAAGAGCUUUGGAACGAGAGAGGGAGAAAGCCUUGGAGGCAGAAAGGAAGGAGAGGGAAAGAGCUUUGGAGCGAGAGAGGGUGCAAGAUCUUGAACAAGAGCGGGAGGAAAGAGAGAAAGCUUUGGCAGAAGAGAGAGAGAAGUCUGUGGCAAGAGAGAGGGCCCUUGAGCUUGAGAAAGAGAAGGCUGUGGAGUUAGAAAGGCAGAGAGCCAUGGAACGAGAGCAAGCUUUGCAGCAAGAGAGAGAGGAGAGGGAAAGAGCUAAAGUUUUUGAACGGGAGGAGAGGGAAAGGGCUCUUGAGCGGGAGCAAGUUCUUGAACAAAAAAGGGUGGAGACAGCGAGAGUGUUGGAGCAAGAAAGGGUGGAGAGGGAGAAAGCCUUGGAGCGAGAGAGACAGGAAAGAGAGAGAGCCUUGGAGCGAGAACAGUUGGAGAGGGAGAAAGCAUUGGAGAUGGAGCGUAUAGAGCGGGAAAAGGCUUUGGAGCAAGAGCGAGUUGAGAAGGAGAAAGCUUUAGAGCUAGUGAGGCAGAAAGCUUUGAAGCGGGAACAGGAGGAGAGGCAGAAAGCGCUGGAGCUAGAGAGGCAGAAAGCGCUGGAGCUAGAGAGGCAGAAAGCGCUGGAGCUAGAGAGGCAGAAAGCGCUGGAGCUAGAGAGGCAGAAAGCGCUGGAGCUAGAGAGGCAGAAAGCGCUGGAGCUAGAGAGGCAGAAAGCGCUGGCGCUGGAGCUAGAGAGGCAGAAAGCGCUGGAGCUAGAGAGGCAGAAAGCGCUGGAGCUAGAGAGGCAGAAAGCGCUGGAGCUAGAGAGGCAGAAAGCGCUGGAGCUAGAGAGGCAGAAAGCGCUGGAGCUAGAGAGGCAGAAAGCGCUGGAGCUAGAGAGGCAGAAAGCGCUGGAGCUAGAGAGGCAGAAAGCGCUGGAGCUAGAGAGGCAGAAAGCGCUGGAGCUAGAGAGGCAGAAAGCGCUGGAGCUAGAGAGGCAGAAAGCCCUGGAGCUAGAGAGGCAGAAAGCGCUGGAGCUAGAGAGGCAGAAAGCGCUGGAGCUAGAGAGGCAGAAAGCGCUGGAGCUAGAGAGGCAGAAAGCGCUGGAGCUAGAGAGGCAGAAAGCGCUGGAGCUAGAGAGGCAGAAAGCGCUGGAGCUAGAGAGGCAGAAAGCGCUGGAGCUAGAGAGGCAGAAAGCGCUGGAGCUAGAGAGGCAGAAAGCGCUGGAGCUAGAGAGGCAGAAAGCGCUGGAGCUAGAGAGGCAGAAAGCGCUGGAGCUAGAGAGGCAGAAAGCGCUGGAGCUAGAGAGGCAGAAAGCGCUGGAGCUAGAGAGGCAGAAAGCGCUGGAGCUAGAGAGGCAGAAAGCGCUGGAGCUAGAGAGGCAGAAAGCGCUGGAGCUAGAGAGGCAGAAAGCGCUGGAGCUAGAGAGGCAGAAAGCGCUGGAGCUAGAGAGGCAGAAAGCGCUGGAGCUAGAGAGGCAGGCAGCGCUGGAGCUAGAGAGGCAGGCAGCGCUGGAGCUAGAGAGGCAGGCAGCGCUGGAGCUAGAGAGGCAGGCAGCGCUGGAGCUAGAGAGGCAGGCAGCGCUGGAGCUAGAGAGGCAGGCAGCGCUGGAGCUAGAGAGGCAGGCAGCGCUGGAGCUAGAGAGGCAGGCAGCGCUGGAGCUAGAGAGGCAGGCAGCGCUGGAGCUAGAGAGGCAGGCAGCGCUGGAGCAAGAGCGAGUUGAGAAGGAGAAAGCUUUGGAGCUAGAGAGGCAGAAAGCUUUGGAGCUAGAGAGGCAGAAAGCUUUGGAGCUAGAGAGGCAGAAAGCUUUAGAGCGGGAACUGGAGGAGAGGGAGAAAGAUAGGGAGGAGAAGGCAAGGGCUUUGCACCAAGAAAUAAUUGAAAGGGAGAAAGCCCUUGAGAAAGAAAGAGCUAUGGAGAAAGAAAGAGUGGAGAGGGAAAAAGCUUUGGAACGUGAGAGAGAGGAGAAGGAGAGGGCUUUAGAACAGAAGGCCCUGCAGAGAGAAAAAGAAGAGAGGGAGAGUGUUUUCGAACAAGAUAAGGAAAGGGCUAUGGUGGCUGAGGGGGAGAGUCAUCUUGCUCCAUGGAAACGUGGUCGUGAGAUUGGUCUUACCCCCCUGCCCACUCCUCCCCUCUCCACAGGAGCAGGUAGAAUGGCGGCAACAGAGGAGGGUGGGGAGCCCCACGUGCCAUCUCUACCCCAAACAGCAUCGAGAGACAACCAGCCAGCUGAAUCUGGUACGCCCCUGUCACCAACUAUAGCAACGCCUCUGUCACCCCAGUCCUCCUUCAAGAAGUUCCGUUUCUUGAGAGACCCCCCAGUUCUGUCCCCAUCUUGCUCUGCAUCCCUGGUCAUCAAGAGGCCCCGUACAUUCUCUGACAGCCCCCAUCCUCAGGCCUCAGCUCUCCAGUCCCCAAGAAAAUCUGGGGAACAAGAGCAGGAAAGUACUCUGCAGGGGCCCAAGCUUUCUGCUGGACAGGCAGCAUCACAGAUGCCUGCAAGACAGGGGUUCCUUGUUUCUGGACCAACUGCAGCAGACACGUCAGACACGACCAGGCCAGAGACCCCAGUGAUUGCCACACCAGGAAAGAGUCCUGAAGAAGAAAAGGUUAAGGCGCUUGUGUCAGAGGAGCAUGUCCUAGCAGAUAAGGAGACAAACAAACAGGAAGUGGGAGAGAUAGCCAGAGGCACUAAAGGGGUGGAUGCAGGAAACGUCCCCUCGGGUCCAGCAGGAUCUGUGGUACCUCCCUCAUCCCCACCGGAAGAGGGCAAUGUAGACCGGGGAAGGGAGAGAAGUCAAAAGAAACAAGAGAAGCGGGGAAGACGAGCGUCCUCAUCUAGUGACUCCUCAGAUUCUGACUCUGGGUCAUCCUCCUCACGUUCGUCUGGUUCAUCUUCGUCCUCCCAGGGCAAAACCCGCACCACUCCCAGUGGUAGAAAGCCUGAGAAACCUCAGACAAGAACCAUAUCCCAGGAUAAGGAGACAGUUAGUCAAUUUGAGGAGUCAAAGGAGUUAUCAAAAGCCCCCCAGCGCAAAAAUCGAGUAUCUGGGGAGAAGGACAUGACCAUCGAUGGAGCCAGACACGGCAAGAAACCGUUCGUUGGAAUACCUGCUGGACAAGUCAAUGAGCAGAAGAAGGACAGCGAGGGAGAGGAGGAAAUGACAGACACUACAAGGGAGGUGAAGGAGGCUGCCAUGGCUGAGCCUGAGCGGGCUCCUGAGAGCAGUGAGGAGAGUCUGACGCCAAAGGCAUUCACAGCCCGUAGGAUCUCCCUUAGCAGCAGCAAGGCCUCUCCAGGUGUCGUCAGUGCAGAGGGCGAGGCAGAGUCUGGGGCUGGGCCCGGGAGGAAGAGGAGGUGGGGUUCCAGCACUGCAGUCACAGCCAGGAAACUAUCCAUCAGCAUCACCACAGACUCUCUGAAGUCUCUGAUCCCAGACAUCAGGCUGAGUCCAGGACAGGAGGCGGUGGUGGAUCUGCACCCAGAGGAAACUCACCUCUCUGGGGGAGAGGAGGACAGGGAGCAGGGCGAGCAAGACUUCAAGAUCAGACGCACUGUCACACAGGUGGUCCUGUCCGAGACCCAGGAGAAUGGACCGAUGGAGUCCAAGAGGAGUGAAAACAUGGAAGACAGAGAGGAUGGAGUGGAGGUUAAAAGCGACAGAGAGGAGAAGAUGGACGACUCAUUCCAGAGAGACUCCAUAGAGACACGAUCCCCCUCUCCCCCCAUCCAUGACAUGGAGAUGAACACAGUGACCCCAAGUGACACCCUGAUCCGUCGCUCCAUCAGCCAGCAGAAGUCUGGCGUGUCCAUCACCAUAGACGACCCUGUCCGCACAGCCAAGCAGCCCUCUCCUCCACGAGGCAAAGUGUCCAACAUCGUCCACCUGUCCAACCUGGUUCGGCCGUUCACCCUGGGUCAGCUGAAGGAGCUGCUCAGCAGGACUGGCACCGUGCAGGAGGACGGCUUCUGGAUCGACAAGAUCAAAUCUCACUGCUACGUCACCUACUCCAGUGCAGAGGAGGCAGUGGCCACUCGUGCAGCACUACAUGGGGUGAAAUGGCCUCAGAGCAACCCCAAGUUCCUCAGUGUGGACUUCAGUCAGCAAGAGGAGCUUGACUUCCACAGAGGCUUGCCACCCCCUGGGGGGGCUGGAGAGGAGGAGCGGGGGGCUUCGUCGGUGCCUGGCCGAGGUCGGGGGGCGGCCCUGCCCCCUCUCCUGCCAGAGCGUGACCAGUGGGCGGAGCGAGAGCGUGAAAUGGAGCGCAGGGAGAGGACCCGGGCGGAGAGGGAGUGGGACAGGGACAAGGUCCGGGACUUUGGUCCCGGAAAACCUGGAGAGGAGGCGGGCCCCAGACGAUCGCGCUCCAGAGAGAGGAAGCGCAAGGAGAGGAAGACGGACAAGAAAGAGAAAGCUGCAGAGGAAGCCCCCGCCAAACUGCUGGAUGACCUGUUCAAUAAAACCAAAGCAGCCCCUUGUAUAUACUGGCUCCCCCUCACAGAAGAGCAGUUUACACAGAGGGAAGUAGCUCGACAAGAGAGGAGGAAGGAGCGAGAGAAGAGGAGGAAGGAGCAGCAAGAGGAGGAGGAGAAGAAAAGGGAGGAAGAGCGCAAAGAUAAAAUAAAAGCAGGGAGUAGCGUAUCGGGCGAAAGAGGCGAGGGAGACAGAGAGCGAGACAGGGAGAGGGGCAAAGACAGGGACCGAGACAGAGAGGGUGACAAACGCAGAGAAAGUAGCCACCGCAGACCAGGGGGCAACAGUGCAGGGGUGGGCAGACGCUCUCGCAGCCGCAGUGAUCCUCCACCUCGUGACAGACGACGCUAGAGGGAAUUGUUGUGGCUGGAACUGUCUUAAAAUAACCCCCCAUUCCCAAUCACUACAUGUACUUUGUUAGAACUAAGACCCUACAGAGGACCAACACACACACACUGACACACAUACAGACAUAUAUAUAUAUACACACACACACACAUAUAUAUAUAUAUACACACACACACACACACACACACACACACACACACACACACACACACACACACACACACACACACACACACACACACACACACAGGGACCAUGGUUUGAGCAGUGUUUCCCCCAGACUGCAGUCUGUCUUGCUUCAGUCUGAAAGUUUAGAUUUUAUAUGUGUUCAUUUUGCCUAAAUAUAUUCUUAUUAGUUUUUAAAAUAUUCUUGGCAGAUUGGCAACCAACCCUUUUCCCCUUAUUUCCCUCCCAUGCAUAUCUGAAGAGUACGUGCUCUAUGUAGAGUUCUAUGCAUACACCCACAGCGGUUUGUCUCCUUACCCUGUGUUGUGUAUUCCACAACUGGUUUCUGUGGGGUGCUUUGUCAUGGCUGCGUCCUGUCCCAGUCAGUCUGCCGUCCUCCACUUUGAUGGAGGACUGACGGUGUUGCGCAAAGUUCUGUCUUUGUAUAGUUUGAAAGAUGAGACUAUAUUCUCUGCAAGAGGUUAUAAUCUUCUAUACGCUUCUUUCUGUCCAUCCUUUGCCCCCCCCCCCCCCCC